GUCGCUUUCCGGUGCGAAAGAGUUCCUUCUCGAAAAUGGCGGCGCGAGGAUUCCAGACAAUGAGCCCGGGCGCGGCGGCUGCUAUGGCAGCGGGUCCGGGGCCUGGCCAGGGGCAAGGGCCGGGGCAGGCCCCGGGCAGGAUAGCAGGAGCUCAGCAACAGAACAUGUUUCGCUCGGCCAUGCCAGGCCAGGGAUACCCGCGCCCAGGGAUGCCUCCAGGCAGCCGCAUGCCACCUCAGGGUGCUUCUAUGGGUCCGCCUGGUCCUUCGUAUGGGGGGAGCCCAGCUGUGCGACCAGGAAUGCCUCAGUCAAUGAUGGACCAGUCUCGCAAACGGCCAGCACCUCAGCAAAUUCAACAAGUGCAGCAGCAAGCAGCCCAAAACCGCAAUCACAAUGCAAAGAAGAAGAAGAUGGCUGAUAAAAUUCUACCUCAGAGGAUUCGGGAACUUGUGCCAGAGUCUCAAGCCUACAUGGAUUUGCUGGCGUUUGAGAGGAAGUUGGACCAGACUAUAAUGAGGAAGCGCCUGGACAUCCAGGAAGCACUGAAAAGACCAAUAAAGCAAAAGCGAAAGCUUCGUAUAUUUAUUUCUAAUACAUUCAACCCUGCCAAACCAGAUGCAGAAGAUGGCGAAGGAACUGUGGCAUCCUGGGAGCUUCGGGUGGAAGGCAGGCUUCUCGAGGAUUCAGCUGUAUCAAAAUAUGAUGCUACUAAACAGAAGCGGAAGUUUUCCUCAUUCUUCAAAUCCCUUGUGAUUGAACUAGAUAAAGAUCUCUAUGGACCUGACAACCACCUGGUUGAGUGGCACAGGACGGCCACAACCCAAGAGACUGAUGGCUUCCAGGUGAAAAGACCAGGAGAUGUGAAUGUGCGCUGCACUGUGUUACUGAUGCUAGAUUACCAGCCACCCCAGUUUAAAUUGGAUCCGCGACUGGCACGUCUGCUGGGCAUCCACACUCAGACCCGGCCUGUCAUCAUCCAGGCUCUCUGGCAGUACAUUAAAACACACAAGCUGCAGGAUUCCCAUGAGCGGGAGUUCAUCAACUGUGACAAAUACCUCCAGCAGAUCUUUGAAUGCCAGCGAAUGAAGUUCUCAGAAAUCCCUCAGAGACUACAUGCUCUGUUGAUGCCACCUGAGCCCAUCAUCAUCAACCAUAUUAUCAGUGUGGACCCAAAUGAUCAGAAGAAGACUGCAUGUUAUGACAUUGAUGUUGAAGUGGACGACACACUAAAGACUCAGAUGAAUUCAUUUCUCCUUUCUACUGCUAGCCAGCAGGAAAUUGCUGCUCUCGAUAAUAAGAUCCAUGAAACAAUAGAGACCAUUAACCAGCUCAAGACACAGAGGGAGUUCAUGUUGAGUUUUGCCAGAGAUCCACAGGGCUUCAUCAAUGACUGGUUGCAGUCCCAGUGCCGUGACCUGAAGUCUAUGACUGAUGUGGUAGGAAACCCAGAGGAGGAGCGCAGAGCAGAGUUCUACUUCCAGCCCUGGGCUCAAGAAGCUGUUUGCAGAUACUUCUAUUCUAAGGUGCAGCAGAGAAGACAGGAGCUUGAACAAGCUCUUGGCAUCCGUAAUACAUAAGCAACCUGUGUGGCUUCGUCCCAUGAGUGGCAGCAGGUUGAUACGAGAUGUCUGGGUUCAAGGUUGAACGCAGUUUUAUGAGUGCACAAAGAUUUCCGUUACAGUAUACAAACUGUAAAACUACAUGCAUCACUUGCACAAAAUAAAUCACCGCAUAGCCCUUGUACUCCUGAAGUGUUCUUUGCUACCUUUUAGUCCAACUGACACGUUCCCUUUAUAAAACAGCAUAGGAUUAGAAAAUAAAGUUAGCUUCUAUUGGCAUUUGGGGAAGUAUAAGUCACACGUGGUGACCUCAGUAACUAUGUAAAAUGGUAUAUAAAUGACUUAGUAGAACUACUAAUAGAGACACGUUAGCAAGCUAGAUCCAACAGAUUUGAUGUUACACUUGCUUACUUUGUUACAUUAUUUUUAAAGUGGCUUUGUGUUGAAAGUGGCAAGUAUUUUGACCACAAACUGUGAUUCCAGCUACCUUCUUCAACAUAUGCUUCCUUCUGGCAAUCCUUAAUAUCAGUGAGCCAGUGGUGUAUUUGCAGCAGUAUUGGUAUCUGCAUGAAAGUGGAUCAGCGCUUCUUCACCCUUUCAUGUCAGGGCUAAAUAAUGCCACUUGCCAACUGUUGGGGGCCAUGCUAGGUUGCAGCAUUUAAAAAGAAAACCCAAAAAUCACUAGCCUGCAAGUUACAUCGAGUUAUUAAUCCUUCUAUUUCCAAUGCAUUCUUCCUCUGUCUUGUUUGUUUUGAAGGCUGAUUCUAAUUUAGACUGAAAGGUUUCUUAUACUCUGGUUUGAAACUCAUCUUGCUAGUUUUGAACAAAUGAGAAGUUACGAGUUUAAAGUGAGUUUUACACCCAAAUUAAUGAAUGACUUUUUUUAAAAAAAAUCACUCCAGUGCUGCUUUAUAUACUGGGUCGAAUGUAUUUUGUGUUAUUCUUUAUUCCUCCUGACUCCUAUCAGAAGUUGCAAGGCCAGAAAUGAAGGGAUAAUUUUCUCUGGCUUUAGAUGAGAAAAAUAUGUCGAGUUCCAAUUUAAAGGUGGUCAGCUGGCUAUUGUUGCUUUAUCUGAUGCAUUGAUAAAGUUAUAGUAUGUUUCCUUGUUCAUGUAUCAUUCAGUUCUUUAAUUUCAAGACUGUGUGUGCUGGACCCUAAACAUCACCCUUGUAUUUUGCAUUAGUCUUAACAGAUCUCAGUACAAUGCUACUGAUUGGUCAUAGUAAUACCUGGCAAGCUGGUGAAAAUAAGGGACUUUUCAAAACACACUUCAGUCUUGAUCAGGGCACUAAAUGGUCAGUUAACUUCUUACCUUACUUUGUAACCUCUUACCUCUGUGAACAUGUAUGUAAAUCCACGUAGCAGUGAUUGAAACCCAGUCCAUAGUUGUAUAAACUGCAACAGUUGGACUAAGUCUUGGAAGAGCGCAGCUUCUUAGGAGUCAAUAUUUUGUAGUGAUUUUAAAAAAGUUAAUUAGUUUCAAAAAGUGAAGGGGUGACAAACUGACACACAACCAUUCUUGAUCUUUGCAGCAGCAUUGUAGCAGCUUAUGCUGAUUCAUGUGUGAUCCCUCUUUCAUGUGAACCACAUGUAUUAGUCAAAUUUAAUCUUGUGACAGUGAGAUAAGGCUGUUCACCUGAGCCCAUCAUAACUUGAUUCUACCAUUCAGCUUGGAAAGAGUUGAUGCCAUUCUCUGAAAUUAGAUAAACCAGGUUUCGCCAACUCCCUAUUGUAAAGAAAUUAGUUGCAAGGCUUUUAAUACGCAUCCUGAUCUAGUUUAAAUGAAUGGGUGUGUGCACUUUAGCAUUUGGUUUUCAGCAAUUACUCAUGCACUAUCCACCUUUGAGGGCAUUCUAAUGCUCUUUGCAAUUAUGUAGCCUAUUGACACUCAUGAUCAAGCUCUCAGUGAGUGAGUUUCUGCAGGGUAAAUGCUGCCAGGAGGUGGCUGAAAAAAGGUAGUUCUAAAUGUAAAGUUAGAGAUUUGUUCAAAUAAUUUGGUAGGAUUACGGUAGAGUUGUUCCACCUGACCAUGACAUUCAACAAGAACUACUGUCACACCAAUGUUUUAUUUAUGCACCACCAUAAAGUGAAAAUCAUUCCCCUCUAAAGAGUCUUUUUGUUUAAAAAUCUUCCAAGUUUGGUGUACCCUAUGGUAUGAUACUUAAACCAUACGUGAACAAUUAAGUCCCAAGUUCACGUGGUACUCAACUUGAGAAAAUAAUUAGCCUGAGUUCCCACUCCAAAUCACUACCUGGUAAUUUCUGCUGGAAAAUGCUGAUGUGGAUAUCCAGCACAGCCUGAAUCCAUUUUAUUGCAGUCCUCCAUCAUAGAAUGCUGGAGUAGUAUUCAAUGUCUUGACUUUCUCAUGAACAUUUGCUAUCCGUACGGUUGGGGGGAAAACUGCCAUAUCCCACUGAACCAUAGCUUCCGGAGAUGAACCAGUUGAAGGGGGCAGAUUUUCUAAAAUUUCAUUGGGUCAAAUAUGAAAGUAAUGGCAAAUGGCUUUCUCUGUUAGUCACUGACCAGCUGGGUAUUACAUCAGUUACAUUUCCAAUGAAGAUUGACACUGCUGUUAAAUACAUAAGCUGAAACCACUUGAACAGGCCAGUAUACAGAAGUCUGUUUGGAGUAAGCCUUUAUCUGUGUUGCAAGGUGAUCUAGGGGUCUAUAUUCCAGCAAGCCACCUCUCUCAAAUGUAGGAAAAAUCUAUAUGAAGGUAAUUGGGUUUCAAACUGUUCCUUGCCUGCUCUUUUCAAGUGUGGUACGAAUGUGGUUAGGAUGGGCGUAGUCACUAACAAGCUGUAUUUAGACAGUUAAACUUCUGCAGUUAUUGCUGCAAUAAUCUGUAUUUUUACUGAGUAGUAUUUUGAGGGACCAGACUUUUGUACUGUACGCUUGUAUGUGUCACUCAGUUUUAAUAAAACCUUCAAUACGGAA